AUGCCAGCCAUGGACAAACCCAUCGAUGAACUGGUCGAUAGAGCCUACGAAAAUUCAGAGAUGGCCCAAGACAUGCUGACGGCCCUGAGAGACGCAUCAACCCACCGCCGCUGGCCCAAGAAAUGGCGAAAGGAACUUCGCGUAGCAAUGGCAGACUGCUCUGUCAUUGGGAAUCGCAUAUACUACCGCGAGAAGCUCUUCAUACCACCCAACGAUCAGGAACUAAAGACCCAGGUUAUUUACCCCUCUGUCUUUAUCAGCCGAGUCUAUUGCCUCCAUGGCACACCCGACAAUGUCAUCUCCGACCGCGGUUCCCAAUUCAUCUCCGAGUUCUGGCGCCAAGUCUCCGACCGCCUAGGAGUUCGACUCCGCCAUUCUUCCGCCUUCCACCCAGAGACAGACGGACAAACGGAACGGAUCAACGCAGGCAUCGAACAAUAUCUGAGAGCAUUCAUGAACUUCCACCAAGACGACUGGGUCGACUGGCUCCCUCUUGCCGAGUUCGCCACGAACAACGUUACAUCUGAGACCACGGGAGUAUCACCAUUCUUCGCUAACUAUGGGUUUCACCCCAAACUCGGCACUGAACCAACCAAGCCACUGCCGCCAAACCAGUCCGCAGCCCAACGACGAGAGUUCCUCAAAGCAAACAACAUCGCCGACCGCUUUGAGCGUAUUAUCACUCAGCUGAAAGCCCUUGCAACCCAAGCCGCCAGACGCUACGAGGAGAACGCCAACCUCAAUCGAGAAGAUGCUCCUCAGUACGCCGAAGGUCAAGAAGUCUACAAGCAAAUGGUCUACCCGGCCAAGACGUUAUCAACGAGGCCGAGUCAAAAAACAUCCGAGGACGAGUCCUAG